UGCUAAAAUGGCGGCCGCCGAGAUUCAGAUCGUGAAUCCAGCAAAUUUAGCAAAAAUUGAGAGUUUUCUCAGUGAUCCUAGUUAUAAAGAAAUUAUAGAAAACUCGUCAACAUUUAAUACCCGACUAUGUGCCGAAAGAAGGAUGCGUAUGCCGUUUAUAGACACCCAAACAGGCGUCGCUCAGACACACUGCAAUUUGUUUAUGAGCAGAAAGCAGCGUAUGCCGGGUCAGAAAGAGGGACAAGUUUAUACAUAUCCUGCACAAAGAUGGCGCAAAGCCCGUCGGCAGUACCUCACGAUGGCCUCCUCCCGAUGGGGCUGGAGUGGGGCUGCAGACCUGGCCGACAACUCUGGGGAGGGUGAAAACAGCUCCGGCAUACCUGGCGAGGCACUGGUCGGUGAAGACAGUCGAGACGGAUCACAGACUGCUGCUAAGGAUGACCCUAAGGAAUGGUUCUAUGACGAGCUAGCCAUGGAUGAGAUGGAAACCGGAGAAGACCAAGAUGCAGAAUCAGAUGAGGACUACUUCGACGACACAUACGCUAAUCGACGCAAGCGGCGAGGAGGCGCUACGCCCACCGGACCGGGUUCUAGAGGUGGAAGGACUAGGAAGUCGCAACCGGAUGACACUCCGGCUAAGAGAGGCAGAGCAGGCCGCGGCCGCAAGCGGACUGGGCAAGCCACCCUCCCCUACGAAGUCCCCGGCGAAGGCGACAAGCCUUUCGGAUGCGAACUGUGCGGCGCAAAAUACAAAACGCGGCCAGGCCUCACGUACCACUUCACGCACACACACAAGGAGCCCGCGCCCGCCGCCACCAGCGACGGCGACUCCCGCGACUCGCACAGCCGUCCCGGCGCCCACACGCCGCCCGCGCCGCAGCCCCCCGCCACAGAGUACCAAGACAGUUACGUGACAUUCUUGAAUAAUCCCGGAGGGCCCGCUGCAGAAAAGCCAGCGGCGGCCACGCCCCUGCGGCGCCCCACGCCGCCGCCGCGCCCCGCCUCCGCCGACACCAGCUCCUCCGACUCCGCACACGCCCCCUUAGUACCACCAGGGUCUUCCGUGCCUGAGCUCAAGCUACUGCAGGACAGCGCCGUCAAGGCCUCUCCCUCCCCCUACUGUGACUUCUGCCUCGGCGACGACCGCGAGAACAAAAAGACCGGCACCCCCGAGGAGCUCGUCUCGUGCUCCGACUGCGGACGCUCAGGUCACCCGACGUGUCUGCAGUUCACCGUGAACAUGAUAGUGUCGGUGCGCAAGUACCGCUGGCAGUGCAUCGAGUGCAAGUGCUGCUCCGUUUGUGGCACCAGCGACAACGACGACCAGCUGUUGUUCUGCGACGACUGCGACCGCGGCUACCACAUGUACUGCCUCGUCCCGCCUCUCGAGAACCCGCCAGAAGGGUCCUGGUCAUGCGCGCUUUGCAUCAAGGAGUUCCAUACCAAGUGAACAGGUUGAAAGUAUGUUGAAGAAUCGCCAAGGUACAGCAGUCGCUGUAUAAUUAUACUAAGUUAUACGUUGCCAUAGGUUAUGGGCGAGUGUGGGCUGACAUAAAUUAAAAAAAAAAACAGUAAGUUCUGAAUGCUGACAUUUUUAAGCUUUUCAAUCAUGUCUUUAAAGAAAAUGCUUGUAAUAGUUACAUUAAUAAUGUAGCCAUAAAUGGCAAAGCUUUAUUUUGUUUGUAUGUGGAUACAAUACAUGAGGUUUGAGCACGUUUUCAUUUAAUUUUCGAAAAUCUAUCCUUUUCGCUACCUAGUGGCAAGGACGUUAGCGACUUAAGAGCAUUUUCACAUUAUCCGAUCCGAUAUCGGAUUGGGUAAUGUGAAAACGCUCUAAGGCUCGGCCAUCGGCGGACUUAAUGUCAAAUUAUAAUUUAAGUGAUUUUGAGUAAUUCGAGUACAGUCAUAAUUUUUGUUUUAUCGUUUCCUCUGAAAUUAUGAAACAGUUUUUGUAUAAACUUUAAAGAAGACUUGAAGAGGUCAUGGAUCACAGUAGAGCUAAAAAUGGCUAAAUACGUUAGCUUUAGUAAAAUGGCACUAAGUGCGGAUUGUAGACUUAAAAUAUAUGUUAAAUAUAAAAAUGUACGCUCACACUCGCCAUGUCAUAGAUAUAUUACUAUAAUAGACGCCACGAAAAUGAACGAGAUGGAGAUGUCAACUAAGUACAUUUUGUACUAAAAACGGUGUCCAGUUUUCAUACAGCAGGCAAUGCUCUUUUCAAGACAAAUCUUUACAUUUUCAGUUUUAGUGCAUUGAGCAUAAGCACUCUUUCAUUUUUGACCAUUACAGAUUGUCAAGUAAAAAAUCGUUUUGUAUAUGUAGAAUUUAGUUAGUACAGAGAAAGUCUUGAUAAAAAAUCCGUCUAUUAUAGUUGUUAAUCUAUGAAAAUGUGUAAUAAAUCUUAUGUACUCAGUCUCGAAGUUUCUACCUCCACCGGUGCUUGCUUUAGCUAUUUAGAACCGGCGAAAACUCGCACUAGAAGUGUAUUUUUCUAAAAGGCAAAAAUCCUACAUCUAAACAUGUGACAUGUGACACACUUUUUUUAAUCUUUUUCAUUCAUAGGAAACAUGAGUAUUGUAAGUAUCAUAUCGUUUUCUGCCAAUAACGUCGUCUUAAAUCGUAAAAAUAUCACACACCAAAAAUAUCACAGCAAAAGAUAAUUUUGGAAAAAUACACUUCUUAUCUUUCACAAGUAUUCAAAGCACAAAAAUGUAAACUGAUCUAAAAUGAAUAAACGACACUUGAACAACUAUACACAUAAAAAAUGCUGUAAGGCGUUGUCUAUUCUAUAUACAUCAGCGAUAAAUUCUCUUUCAAACACAUACAGUGCGAUUAAAAUCAGUUAACGAUGCGACUUUUACCCUUCGGCUUCAGCUCUUAUCGGGAUCGCAUGAGUGUGAGCAAGAUAGAUAUAUUAACAUUUUGAAAAAACCCCCGACCGCGACAUAGUAGACCGAUUUUCAUGAAACAUGGCUAAGAACGCUCCCGACUAACUCAGCUUUCAGACAAAAAAAAACUAAAUCUAAAUCGGUUCAUCCGUUCGGGAGCUACGAUGCCACAGACAGACGCAUACACAAACAGACAGACAGACACGUCAAACUUAUAACUCCCCGUCGUUUGUGCGUCGGGGGCCUCGGGGGUUAAAAACCCGAAUCGUUAACUGAUGUUAAUCGUACUGUAUGUGGCUUUCCAUUAUAGAAUAAUCCUUAAUUUGCAAUAAGAACCUUAUUAUCACUAUCAGAAUUUUAUUAUUCUUGUAAUUUUAGAUGGAUACCUACCUUGCACUAGCUUAGGGACCUUUUUAUGAUGGAAAGUGGCAUAUAACAAUAGAGACUACUCUGUUUUAUUACUCUAGUAUUUAAUGCAUUUUUACUCUAAGACAGGGGUUCCCAAACUUAUUUAACUGACUUCGGGAUGUAAAAAGGGGUUUUCGAUUCAGUUUUAUAUUAAGUGUUCAAACUUCGAUUUUGAUCUGUAGAACAGAACAGACAUACAUUUUUCUAGAAAAAAUCCCUUAAAAUCAGGCAUCUGGGCGAGCUCACUCCAUCGUAGGCCACGUCUUUGCCUUUGACUAGUCUGUGGCCAAGAGUAAGCCCUAAAGGCUUAUUUUUUUUAAAUACAAGAAUAUCAAAAAUAAUAAUCUGCCCUGUGGUUGGGUGCCCCUGUUUUAUGAGUAUUUGAGUAUAUUAAUUUGAACAUAUCAGUUAACAUAAUACGCCGGUUCAGUACUUACAACUUUAUUUAUUUGCUCUAAGUCUGAUUUUUCAACACUUAAUAUUAUCUGAUAUACCUAUAAAGACCAUUUUUAAAAUUAAUAAUUUUAUGGACGCAAAAGAUUUUUGUUUAUUUUUGUCUCUUUUGCAUCAAUAUUAAUUUUGAUGUGUUGCGUUAUCGUAAGCAGGUAUUCUUACUAUAUUAUAAUAUAAAAACGAGGACAGAUAAUUUUAUUGUUAGAAAAAUCGAACCUUACCAUACUGAAUGUUUAAUAAAUAUAGUCAUAAUGAAAUUCAUUGUAAAUCACAUGCAUUCCACUUCAUAGAUGUAUCAUCUGUCAGCAGAUUUAUCUACACGAGCGUGGAGCUCAAAAAUAUCUACACAUUGUCCGCUAUAUAUUUUUAUUUAUUUAUUUCUUAAAUAAAUAAAUAAUAAAUAUUAUAGAACAUUCUUACACAGAUUGACUGAUUCCCACGGUAAGCUCAGAAGGCUUGUGUUGCAGGUACA